GCACAGGAAGUGACUGAGGUCUUGGUUUGAAGGCGUGAAAACGGUGGUCAUUGUUGGUGCAUAGACUAGAAGCUGUGUGCAUUGUACAGAAGAAGUUCCUCCUCAGUUUCUGUUUUUCUCUGAGUUUGUUUGGGGUUGACCGUCAGGCUGGAGUCCAGUCUAGGGUCCGGCCUGUUUGGGAGGCUCUCACUCAGGAGGCAUUCCCGGCGCAACAGCAGCCCUCAACCCAGAGAAGCCGUUGAUGCUGGAGCGAAUGGUGACGAUGGCAGUGGAGGAGGGCUCAGAGGCAGACUGUCCCGAAUGGGGAGCAGACACCGGGACAAUCCGCGAGCUCAGGCCCAACCAGAAAGGCCAGCUGUGCCACCUGAUCCCCCCUGUGCAACAAGAGGUCAGACCGUCUUAUCCUGCCCCUGCUCCCCCUCCCACCCCUCUGCCUCCACCUUUGUCAACUUUACCCAAACGGCCUGAUAAAUCCACCAAGCCCAAACUUCCUCCAAGGCCACUGUCCAAAGUCUUCAUGAGUAAAGAACACGAGUCAGAAGUAUUGCAGGGUCUGGAUUCAUUCCGGGCCAGUGACGUCCUCUGUGAUGUGGUGCUGAUUCCUGGAGACAGUAAUGAAAAAUUCCCAGUUCACAGAGUUAUCAUGGCUUCGUCCAGUGACUACUUCAAGGCCAUGUUCACAGGAGGCAUGAGGGAGCAGGAGAUGACGGAGAUUAAACUGCUUGGAGUCACUAAGCUGGGUUUGAGAAACAUCAUAGACUUCAUUUACACAUCCAAAGUCAGUCUGGACAUGGGCAACCUCCAGGACACACUGGAAGCAGCAAACUUUCUGCAGGUUAUCCCUGUUCUGCGAUUCUGCAAUCAGCUCCUCUGCAGUGAGGUGACUAUUGAAAACUGUGUUGAAGUAGAGCAUAUUGCUACAGACUUGAAUCUUGAGGAUGUUCAAGCCAACAUAGGCGAGUUUGUGAGCCAGAACCUGCAGUCCAUGAUGGAGUCUGGCCUUCACUUGCAGCUGUCGGCCUCCACCAUGGCCAAAGCUCUGUCCAGAAACGCUCUGAAAGGCUUCUCUGAGAUGGAGCUCUACCAAAUCGCUAAAGAGUGGCUGGACCAUGACCCCCCAAACCGCCACUCCUCUGUCUACACUCUGAUGAAGCACAUUCGCUUUCCUCUAAUGAGCCCCAGUGACCUCAUACACAUCUCACAGGCUGAGGAGGGUGGAGGGGACUCUCUGAUGCGCACUGAUGCAGCUUGUGUGAACCUGCUGCUGGAGGCCAGUAACUACCAAAUGAUGCCGUACAUGCAGCCGGCCUUGCAGACUGAGAGAACCCAGAUCCGAUCUGACUCCACCCACAUCCUGGCUUUGGGCGGGGUCAUGAGGCAGCAGCUAGUGGUCAGUCGUGAGCUCAGACUGUACGAUGAGAAGACUGGACACUGGAGAGCACUCAAACCCAUGGAGUCCCCUCGAUACCAGCAUGGAGUGGCCCUGCUAGGGGGGUUUCUGUUCAUUGUUGGAGGGCAGAGUACAUAUGACACAAAGGGUAAAACUGCUAUUGACAGUGCAUACCGCUAUGACCCACGGUUUAACAAGUGGCUGCAGAUCGCUUCACUCAAUGAGAAGAGAACCUUCUUCCAUCUGAGCGCUCUCAAAGGGAAACUGUAUGCAGUGGGGGGACGAAAUGCUACAGGAGAGAUUGACAGUGUUGAAUGCUACAACCUGAAGAAGAAUGAGUGGACUUUUGUGACCAACAUGAUGGAGCCGCAUUAUGGACACGCAGGGACCGUCCAUGGAGAUCUCAUGUACAUCUCAGGUGGCAUCACGCGUGACACGUUUCAAAAGGAGCUCUGGAGUUACGACCCUGUGUCGGACUCGUGGACUCGGAGGGCGGACAUGAUUGAUCUGCGUGGCCUUCACUGCAUGUGCACUGUGGGGGACCGCCUCUACGUGAUGGGAGGAAACCACUUUAGGGGCUGUAGCGACUAUGAUGAUGUCCUGAGCUGUGAAUACUACAGCCCUGCUACAGACCAGUGGACCGUGGUCGCACCCAUGCCCCGCGGACAAAGCGAUGUCGGGGUCACUGUGUUUAAUGGACAGGUGUAUGUGGUGGGGGGGUAUUCCUGGAACAGCCGCUGUAUGGUAGAUAUAGUGCAGAGGUACGAUCCUGAAAAAGACGUUUGGGAUAGAGUAUUUAAUGUGCUGGAGCCACUGGGAGGCAUCAGGGCCUGUACGAUGACGGUGCACCUGCCAGAGGGGUCAGUGGACGAGGUGGAGAUACAAGAGGGUCCACUGCAAGCUUCAUGCAGCUAAUGUAGCACAUUUGGGGGUAGUUGAAGCUAGGAGGGGGCAAUAUUAAUAAAUUGAAUAUACUGAUGUAACAGUAAUCAUAUUAUAUUUUUGUAAUUCAUCAGAAAUGUGCUCAAAACUUGGUUGGCGUUGAAGUAUCCCACAAAUGUGAAUGUGCAACCAAAAGAGCAGAAAUUUUACUUUCUAUAUGUGGGUUUCAGAGUGGUGAACAAUUAGGACUAUUACCAUAGCAAUCACUAAUUUACAAAAGAAUAAUUUACAAAGUAGCAAAUAUAUGAAAUUGAAAACUAAUGAAUACCCAUCAGGAAAAUUUCUGUUAUUUUUUAAUCAUGUUUGCAGCUUUUUUGGCCUUCUGGCCAAUUACUUUGACAUUAGACAGUGUUAGGCACCUCUGUGUGAAACUAUUGUCUAAACGUGUCAGCCACAGUUAAAUGAAGUCAAACAGGAAGUGUGUGGGCUCGGCAGGUGCAAACACGCAGUCUGCAGCUGUGCACAAUAAUUACAAACACAUGAGAUGCCUCAAUGUAAAUAUUUAACCCUGCAUCCCAGAAAUGUAAUAUGUAUGUUAUAUGUAAUAUGUAUGUCACCCUAUGUUCUUGUCUUUUCACUGAGAAAAGAUGAGAAAGAACUAAGAAAUUUUCCUGUGAGAAAUGGGUCAAAUUGUGUUUGUGCUUAAUAGAGAUAAAGUCAACCACAGCAACCCUAUCAGACAUGGAUCUUUAUUUUCUGUAUUUAUUCUCUCUUAUCGUUGUAAAGCAUUCUGUGAGAACAGAAAAUGCCAGAAUAUGUUUAAAACUGACUGAUCUAGAAGUGUAUUGUAAAAUGUGUGUAAUAAUAGUAUUAUUAGUAGUAGUACUAAUAUUUAUAAGGCAAACAGUAUUGUGGUCAACAAAAUAUUUUUAGUAUUUUGGAGACAUAACUUGUUUUUUUUAAAUAACAUAAAAACAACUAAAAACAACUACUUUUCAAAUAAAAUAUUAACUAAGUUAAAAGUAAA